CGGCCGACAAAAGGACGCGGAGGAACCACAAACCCCAGAAGCCCUCGCGCUCACUCUUCUCCCUCCCCUCUCCGUGUCGGAGUGCUGUUUUUGUUGUUGGUGAAAGGUGAGGGAACAGCUGAUCCGUCUGUGGGGAGAGCAGAUAUCUCGAGGACAGGAUGGAUGAAUCAUCCUCAGUAAACCGGGCACCAUCUCGGGGUGGAGUCAGCUUUCUGAAUGUCGCCCGGACCUACAUCCCCAACACCAAGGUGGAAUGUCACUAUACCCUUCCCCCAGGCACCGUGCCCAGUGCUAGUGACUGGAUUGGCAUCUUCAAGGUGGAGGCGGCCUGUGUUCGGGAUUAUCACACGUUUGUGUGGUCUUCGGUGCCUGAAAGUACAACUGAUGGUUCCCUCAUCCACGCCAGUGUCCAGUUCCAAGCCAGCUACCUGCCCAAACCAGGAGCCCAGCUCUACCAGUUCCGAUAUGUGAACCGCCAGGGCCGGGUGUGUGGGCAGAGCCCCCCUUUCCAGUUCCGAGAGCCAAGGCCCAUGGAUGAACUGGUGACUCUGGAAGAGACUGACAGUGGCUCUGACAUCCUGCUGGUUGUCCCCAAGGCAACUGUGCUGCAGAACCAGCUGGAUGAGAGCCAGCAAGAGAGGAAUGAUCUGAUGCAGCUCAAGCUACAGCUGGAGGGGCAGAUCACAGAGCUGAAGAGCCGAGGACAGGAGCUCGAGAUGGCUCUUGUAACCGCCAGGCAGGAGCAUGCAGAGCUGCUGGAGCAGUACAAGGGGCUUUCUCGGUCCCACGGGGAGCUCACAGAAGAGAGGGAUAUCCUGAGCCGACAACAGGGAGACCAUGUGGCACGCAUCCUGGAACUGGAAGAUGACAUCCAAACCAUCAGUGAGAAAGUGCUGACAAAGGAGGUGGAACUGGACAGGGUUAGAGACACAGUGAAGGCCCUGACUCGGGAACAGGAGAAGCUCCUUGGGCAACUGAAGGAGGUGCAUGCAGACAAGGAGCAAAGCGAGGUGGAGCUCCAAAUGGCACAACAGGAGAAUCGUCGCUUGAAUUUGGAGCUGCAAGAGGCCAAGAGCCGGCAGGAGGAGCAGGGUGCUCAGGCCCAACGACUGAAGGACAAGGUGGCCCAGAUGAAGGACACCCUAAGCCAGGCCCAGCAGCGUGUGGCUGAGCUGGAGCCCCUAAAGGAGCAGCUUCGAGGGGCCCAGGAGCUUGCAGCCUCAAGCCAGCAGAAAGCCGCCCUUCUUGGGGAGGAGUUGGCCAGCGCAGCCGGAGCCAGGGACCGCACCAUAGCCGAGCUACACCGCAGCCGUCUGGAAGUGGCUGGAGUCAACGGCAGGCUGGCUGAACUCAGUCUGCACUUAAAGGAGGAAAAAAGCCAGUGGAGCAAGGAGCGGGCGGGGAUGCUACAGAGUGUGGAGGCAGAGAAGGACAAGAUCCUGAAACUGAGUGCAGAGAUACUUCGGCUGGAAAAGGCAGUUCAGGAGGAGAGGACCCAGAACCAAGUGCUCAGAACUGAACUGACACGGGAAAAGGAUUCUAGCCUGGUGCAGUUGUCAGAGAGUAAGCGGGAGCUGACAGAGCUGCGGUCAGCGCUGCGUGUGCUCCAGAAGGAGAAGGAGCAGUUGCAGGAGGAGAAGCAGGAACUGCUCGAGUACAUGAGAAAGCUGGAGGCCCGCCUGGAGAAGGUGGCAGAUGAGAAGUGGAAUGAGGACGCUGCCACAGAGGAUGAAGAGGCAGCUGCAGGGCUGAGCUGCCCAGCGGCUCUGACAGACUCAGAGGAUGAGUCUCCAGAAGACAUGAGGCUCCCACCCUAUGGCCUGUGUGAGCGUGGAGACCCAGGCUCAUCUCCUGCUGGGCCACGAGAGGCUUCUCCCCUCGUUGUCAUCAGCCAGCCAGCUCCCAUUGCUCCCCACCUCUCCGGGCCAGCUGAUGACAGUAGCUCUGACUCGGAGGCUGAAGAUGAGAAGUCAGUCCUGAUGGCAGCUGUGCAGAGUGGGGGUGAGGAGGCCAACCUGCUGCUUCCUGAACUGGGCAGUGCCUUCUAUGACAUGGCCAGUGGCUUUGCAGGGGGUCCCUUGUCGGAGGCCAGCACUGGGGGCCCUGCCACCCCCCCGUGGAAGGAGUGCCCUAUUUGUAAGGAGCGCUUCCCGGCUGAGAGUGAUAAAGAUGCCCUGGAAUACCACAUGGAUGGACACUUCUUUUUCAGCGCCCAGGAUCCCUUCACCUUUGAGUGACCUCCCCCUUCCCUAACACAAGCACAGACACACACUUGCACACAUACACACACUCAUGCACAGACACACACUUAGGUCUCAUGCCUCUUUUCCAACACAGUGGGCUCUACAAUCUUCUGUUCACUAAGAGCCACUCCCGUGUGCUGUUUCCAUCGCAAGCUCUCCAACUUCAUCUGCUGCCUGGCUCUUUUGUCCAGGCAGGGGUCCUUCUUGCAAACAGUGGCUGCAUUUACCCGCUGAAAGCGGUUUUGGAGGAACCAGGAUGGAGGAGGCCUUCCCCAGAGGGAAUAGAAUCAGCCACUCCUAGCGCUGGUUGCUUCUGUUACUCACACCAGCCACCAUACCACCACCACCACACACACUCGUACACACUCACACAUACUCUCUGAGGCCCCAACGCCAAUCUCGGGGGCACCCCACCUUCUCUUACUUGGGCUCUAUGUUCCCUGAACUUCCCCGGGGGCCUGCAUUGAGGCAGCAGCGUGGACACCAUGACCUCUUCAGGUCUGGGUUCUGAGAUUCAUUGGUUCCUCUUACUGUACCCCUUUCAUCGCCUUCCAGUCCCCACCCCAGCCUUUUCCAUACCAUUAGCUAUUACGUUUGGAGGUUUUUUUGUAUUUUGAGGUUCUCUGUACUCUGUCUCCAGCUCCUCGCCACACUCCUCAGUGUCCUCACAGGGAAAGAAAUAAUGCAUUUGUGCCUUCUGUGAGGGAUGGAGGAACAAAUGGUCCCAGCUGCCCCCAUUUCCCAGCCCUUCCUCCCUCUCCAGGUUUCCCCACAGCAAUAAGAGCUUCCCCUCCAGUAUCCCCCCGACCUGUAGUUUUGACAAAUAUAUUUAUAUGGUAUGUA